AUGACUGUUCAUUUGCUUUUCCACGGUCGUGACAAGAGCGCGUCUUUCCUCUUCGCUUUCGACUUGAGUCCUCUGAGAUUGCUCCCAAUCAAAGCUGCACAACUUCUUCAACACCUACGUCAUUGGUACCGACGUUUGCUCGAGCUCAAGCUCUCCAUACGCUUGGCUCCUUUCGGACUGGUAGCACUGAUCAAGCAGGCUCUCGAGGCUCGAUCAAUCAAGAUAAGGGCAUUUUAUGUAACUAUUGAUAUCAAAUGUAGGUGGAAUAAUAUGGAUCAGCCUUUAUUUCAAAAGUGCCAGUGGAAUGGUCGAUCACUCGAGGAGCUCUAGUCUGUCAGCGGGUGAUAUCCCACAUCCAUGUUCCGAAAUUUCCAUUGCUGUCGCCUGUCAUGACGUUUCAGAGCUGUACUACAGUCUACUGUUGGGCCUGGCUAUAUAUGGUCGAAAUACAUGGGUAGAGGUGGAUGUUUCGAUCUUGGUUGUUUUGCCUUUUAUCUGAGUGGGAUAUGCAGCGACGACCGCUUGUAGUUCUCAAACUUGUUACCGAUUUGCUUCAACUCAUCGUCUGUUCUCAAAUCAUGUGCUAUUUACGGUCAACCCACGACUCUCGAUGGCUCUAUCCACCAUUGCCAAACGAUCUCUGAUUCGUUCUUGUGGCGGAAAACUGGUGCUGUACUGCUGUGUAGUGAUGUAGGGUCCUUUUGUUUUAUAACGGUCCUACUCGACCUUCUGUGUCUGCAAAUCUGAUCAUCGACACUGAAAGAAAUUGGAUUCGUCCCCGUAAAGCGUGUUAAUCAUCCAUGGGAACACACUGGUGAAUCACGCUUCCAGGACGUACUUAUCUUCGAGUGCCCAACAACAACCUGC